CUCAGUGGGCGGGGUCACCCGAGUCUGCGCUUCCAGGGAAAAGCGUAUAAAACCAGUAACCCGUUCCAGGGCGUCACUGGGAUAUCCCCCGGCGCUACUGGGUCUCGCAGACAGAACGUCUUCAGGAUCCUGGAAAUGAAAGACAUGACUAGCCGCCCCCCGAUAAAAGUUGUCGACGGGAUGCCCAUUCUGGGACCGUUUGCAGAAAACUGGGAGAAUGUGAAGACGUUUCAGGCCAGAGCAGGCGAUCUGGUGAUCUGCACCUACCCGAAAUCAGGUACCACCUGGAUGAGCGAGAUCGUGGACUUGAUCUUCAGUGGAGGAGACGCACAGAAGACCCAGCGAGAUGCCAUCUACCUGCGGGUGCCCUUCCUGGAGUUUGCUGCCCCGGGGAUGCCCUCAGGCACUGAGGCUUUAAAUCGCAUGGAAUCUCCUCGUGUCAUAAAAUCCCAUCUCCCGGUGGAGCUUUUUCCAGAGACGUUUUGGGAAAAAAACUGCAAGGUGAUAUACGUCGCCCGUAACGCCAAGGACGUGGUGGUCUCGUAUUACCACUUCUAUCGCAUGGCCGUUGUACAUCCGGAGCCGGGGACCUGGGAGGAAUACCUGGACGCCUUCAUGCAAGGGAAAGUUGCGUUUGGCCCGUGGAGCUCUCACGUGAAGGGCUGGUGGGAGGUUAGACGGCAGAGAGACGUCCUCUACCUGUUCUACGAGGACAUGCUGGAGGAUCCGAAGCGCGAAAUCCAGAAAGUGGCCGAAUUUAUCGGCAAGGAGCUGUCCGAGGAGGUCCUGGAGAAGAUCCACCAACGUACCUCCUUCCAGGCCAUGAAGGACAACCCCAUGGCCAAUUACACGACCAUCCCCAGCUCGGUGAUGGACCAUUCCAUCUCCCCCUUCAUGAGGAAAGGAAGGUGCGGCGAUUGGAAGAACCAUUUCACGGUGGCUCAGAACGAGCGGUUUGAUGAGUAUUACGGCCGGGAGAUGUCGGAUACCGACUUAUCGUUCCGCUUCCAGGACUAAAGCUCCGUUAUGUCCUUCUGGACCCUUCCUCGAGGACUAAACAUAACACAAGAUAUAUGAAAUCCAUAUGCCCAAAUAG